AUGCUUGACUCCACAGUCCCUCGGAAGCGCUGGUGGAGGAUCCAGUGGUAUGCCGACGAAGAUACGCCCGAAGAACGCAGGUUUCUUAUUAAGCUCGACAUAAUCGUGGUACCCUAUGCUAUUCUUGCUUAUUGGGUCAAGUAUAUCGACCAGAGUAACCUGAACAAUGCCUAUGUCGCCGGCAUGAAGGAAGACCUUGGGUUCUAUGGGAACGAACUGGUACAGCUUCAGACAAUGUACACGGUCGGGGCAGUGGUUGGAAUGCUGCCUUUUAUGUUCCUAUUCACCUACAUCCCAAUGUAUUGGACCAUUCCUUUCAUGGAUAUCAUGUGGGGAAUUUUCACACUUCUACAAUACCGAACAUCAUCAUUUGCAGAGGCUGCUACAUAUAGGUUCUUGGUUGGCUUCUUUGAGGCCGCCUUUUUCCCGGCUAUGCAUUAUGUGUUCGGCUCAUGGUAUCGUGGUCAUGAAAUUGCCCGACGUGGUGGGCUUUUCUAUGUCGGACUUAACCUAGGCACCUUAACUGCGGGACUCGUUGCAGCUGGCUCUUCUCAGCGACUCGAGGGCGUGAACGGCCUCGCUGGAUGGCGUUGGAUGUACAUUAUUUGUGCUCUGAUAACCAUUCCAGUCGGCAUCCUGGGCUACUUCCUACUUCCCGGCAGUAUUGAUAAGCCCAAUCGGUGGAUACUAACCGAUAGGGAUAUAGAGAUCGCUAAACGACGCCUCGAGAGCAGCGGGCAUGUCACUCAUGGCACUUUCAAGAUCGGGCAUCUGAAGAAAAUCUUCAGGAGCCCUCACUUCUGGACAGUUAUCCUUGUCGACGUACUCUUCUGGAAUGCUGGAAUCCACAAGAGUACAGGCAGCUUCUUAUUAUGGAUUAAGAGUCUUAACCGAUAUAGCCCGGCUAAGAUCAACGAACUGGGAACGAUUACGCCAGCCUUAGGUAUUCUCUACAACAUACUUAUCUGCUUCGCCUCCGAUUUGAUACUGGGGCCAGCAUGGGCAAUCACAUUAGCAUCUACUUUGAACGCUAUUGGUCUUGUAAUCUUGGUGGUCUGGAAUGUGCCAGAGCCUGCCAAGUGGUUUGGAUUCUCAACUAUGUAUUGGUCAAAUGCCCUAUCCAGUGUCUUGCAUGGUUGGGUGAAUAACUUGCUUCGCGACUCGCCGCAGGAACGAUCUUUUACACUUGUUCUGAUCACGAUCAUCGCGCAAUCGUCGACAGCUUGGACCCCCCUUCUUACUUUUCCAACCGUCGAGUCCCCAAGCUAUCCCAAAGGAUUCGCGUUCUGCCUUGGAUGUGCUAUCGCACUUAUUGCCGCAACCCACGUCCUCGACAGAUAUAUCAAGCGCAAGGAAGCAAGUUCUCAGGCCACUCUCAGUGAACGAGACACCCAAGGCGACGGUGCCCUAGUCGAAGGCGGGGGCUCAGAGAAAAACUUGGGGGUUACGGCUUCUUCGAAAGAGGUUCGCUAA